UGAAAUUUAAUGAUUUAUUCCAACGUUUGCUUUGGGCACAUUGGACGUUUUGUACGUCAUAUCUUCGGAAAAUUUUCCAGUUAUUACGUACAAAUUUUACGAAAAUAAUUUAUAGAAAAGCAGUAAAAAAAUUUUCUAAAUAUUAAAAAAAACGUAUUAUUUCGAAAUAAAUGUGCGCAAAUAAAAAAAUUGGGCUUAAUUGACAACUAGAGAUAUUUUUUACGAAAGUAAAAUGGAUGCAAAGUAGAGACGUAAAAAUUUUGUGUGUGUAUCAACGAAAGAGCGGAGAAAACGGAAAGCGUGAAAGCAAAAAGAAGAAAUCGAAACAUCUCGAUUGUGGUGGUGUGCUGUGCGUGAGAGAGUGUGUGGCAAGAAGCAGACGAAGCUAAUACGGGCGAAAACUGUGUUGCGCCUGGAAAAAUAAUGGAAAAGUAUGAGGACAUGGACAUACGACUUGGCCACAUCAAUGCCAAGGAACUUGCUGAUGUCUGCGAUGUCAGUAUGCAACACGACGAUAAUGGAUUAAUAAUUUAUGAACGAUCGCAAACAAAUUUCGAUUUUGGCGCUGAAAUUCUGUCAACAAACAUGAAGCCAGCAGCAACAGCAACAACAUCAUCAGCGGCGGCGACGCCAGCAACAAGCGAACCGCAACCAAAAGCAAAUAGUGAAAUCAAAACAAUAACAUUGCCUCAAAUGGGAGAACAAGAAAUUGGCGCCAAUCAAAAUGCCAAAAAUUUAACAAACGAAUCGGAGCAAAGUUUACAACAAAAACCAAUAGAGAAAUCCUUCUCCGAGGCGGAUGAAGACGAUGAAGAUGACGAGGACGAAAAUGAAGAUUACAAAUCGAGCUGGGCAAACAGCGAUGAUGAUGAUGACGACUCUUCCAGCUCGGAUUGCUCCUCGAUAAGCGAAACCGAUUGGAAGCUGCGUUGGCAACAACAACGUGAGUUCUACACGGGACGUGGUCGCAUGCCACGCCAGGUGAUUGCCAGCAUAAUGCCGCACUUUGCGUCCGGGUUGCCGGCGGAUAUUGAUGAAUCCGUGCUCUGGGAUUAUCUGUCGCAUCUGCUCAAUGAGCCAAAGCGUCGCAAUAAAUUGAGCAACGUGAACACAUUUGACGAUGUCAUCGACUUGGUGCGAAAGUCCGAGAAGAUCAUUGUGCUCACUGGAGCUGGCGUGUCCGUAUCCUGCGGCAUACCAGAUUUCCGUUCCACAAAUGGCAUUUAUGCCCGAUUGGCACAUGAUUUUCCCGAUUUACCCGAUCCGCAGGCUAUGUUCGACAUUAACUAUUUCAAGCGUGAUCCACGACCGUUCUACAAAUUCGCCCGAGAGAUUUAUCCAGGCGAAUUUAAGCCCUCACCAUGCCACCGUUUCAUCAAGAUGCUGGAGACAAAGGGAAAACUGUUGCGCAAUUACACGCAGAACAUCGAUACCCUGGAACGGGUUGCCGGCAUCCAGCGGGUCAUUGAAUGCCACGGCUCCUUCUCGACGGCCUCGUGCACCAAGUGCAAAUACAAAUGCAAUGCGGAUGCACUGCGUGCUGACAUCUUUGCCCAGCGCAUUCCCGUCUGUCCACAAUGUCAGCCGAAUGUGGAGCACAGCGUUGAUGCCUCCGUGGCCGUCACAGAGGAUCAGCUGAAGCAGCUUGUCGAGAAUGGCAUCAUGAAGCCCGACAUUGUUUUCUUUGGCGAAGGAUUGCCCGAUGAGUAUCACACGGUUAUGGCAACGGAUAAAGACCAAUGCGAUUUGUUGAUUGUGAUUGGAUCAUCGCUGAAGGUGCGUCCCGUCGCUCACAUUCCCAGCAGCAUCCCAGCGUCAGUGCCGCAGAUUCUGAUCAAUCGCGAGCAACUACAUCAUCUCAAGUUUGAUGUGGAACUGUUGGGUGACUCUGAUGUGAUUAUAAAUCAGAUCUGUCAUCGUCUAUCUGGCUCCGCAUCCCAAACGGAUGACAACGAUUGGCGGCAAUUGUGCUGUGACGAUGGUGUGCUCCGUGAGUCCAGGGAUUUGUUGCCACCAGCAGAUUAUCUGCAUCAUCAUCACCACCAUCAUCAUCAUCAUCAUCGACACUGCAGCUCCGAGAGUGAACAGCAAUCGCAGCUGGACACAGACACGCAAUCAUUAAAGUCAAAUGGAUCGGCGGAUUACAUGCUCGGCUCCUCGGCAGGCACCUGCUCCGACAGUGGCUUCGAGUCUUCCACAUUCACGGCGGAGCAGAGCAAGCGGCCACAGCAAACCACACCACAGACCAUAACAACAACAACCAAUGCAGAUGAUCGUGCCGCCAUCGAGCGGAUUAAGAGCGAUAUACUUGUGGAGCUGAAUGAGACGGCAUUAAGCUGCGAUCGCCUUGUGGCACCGGCGGCAAUCAGUGCCAGUGCCAUUGGCGUCGCCAGCAGCACGGCCAGCUAUCGUCAUCUCUCCAUUGACUCGUCCAAGGACAGCGGCAUUGAGCAGGGCGAGUUCUCCAAUGCCAGCAACAACGAAGUCAUUUCCUCAUCUUCCGGCCAUGCAAAUGUUGUGCUGGAAACCAAGACAGCAGCGCCCAGCUUAACUCCGACGCCGCCGCCACGGAAGCGUCAAACUACGGCGGAACGUCUGCAACCCGGAACCUUCUUCUGUCACGGCAAGAACAGUUCGUAUGUCUUUCCCGGUGCACAGGUCUUUUGGAACAAUGACUUUAGCGAUGACGACUACGAGGAUGAUGAUGAUUUGGUCGGCGACCGUGGUGGCGAUAUCUUUGGCAAUGUUGCGGUCAGCGAUGAGGAAGCGUGCGAUCUAAAUGCAGUGCCAUUGUCGCCGCUGUUGCCGCCUUCAUUGGAGGCGCACAUUGUCACGGAAAUCACCAGCGGUGUCACCAGCGUGGAUGCAACACUUGGCACUGCCUGUGGCAGCAACAUCAGUCCCAGCAAUAAAAGACGCAGCUCAGCAGAAGUUGUGGAACAGUCAACAGUUGCUGAAGAUAAAUGCAAUUCUCCAGCGUUUGAAACUGAAACGCCGCCAAUAAAAAAGCGACGAUCCAGCGUGGGAGCAACAACAGCAACAGUUGCCGCAACAACAACACAAGCUGCUGCUACAUUAACAACUGUAUAAAUGUAGAUUUAAUCUCGGCUACUAAUUUAAUAUUUAUUUGUUUACUCUGGUCGAGGAUAUAUUAAGUUUUGUGCAAAGUAUCUAACAGACAAUUGGAGGCGUAUAUAUGUUCUUGAUCAGCAGAAAUAGCAAUAGUCGAGUAUUUACAGCCAUGUCCGUCUGUCCGUCCGUACAAACGAAUGGAUCUCAGAGAUGGCAAGAGCUAAAAGCACCAAAUUUGGUAUAUAGUCUCCAUACAUGUGCAGGCAGAUCGGGCUUAUUUACAAUUUUUUUUUAAGCUACAAAUUUGAAUUUGGUCACACACGAUAAGUAACUAAGAAGCUUGACCAGGGUAUCUUGUAGUUGAGCAGUCUCGGCUAUUGCUUUCUUGUUUGUAAUGCGUUUUCUUUCAAUGGACUCAAGUGAACCAAGUCUAAAGAAGCUCAAAAACCAAUUGGAACCUUUAUUUUUUAUUCUCCUUUUGAUAUUUCACAUUUUGCACAUUAAUUCAAAUUCAUAAUCUCUUAUUUGCAUUCAAAAUCAUACUCCUAUUCAUAUUUAUUUGUCUACCUUGUGUAUGUAAAUGUUAGUAUUUCUUAUUAUUAUUUUAUUAAGUUGUUAUUGAGGCAUUUACAAGUACAUAGAUAAACCAAGGAAAGUUUCAAGAGAAAUUCAUCGUUUAGCGCAAAUAGCCUCAACUUUCUAUAUUCUUCAUAACUAUAUAUAAUAAAUAUACAAUAAUAUAGACUAAGUAUUAAAGUAUAUACAUACAAACAUUUGCGUACAAAUGUGUAAUUAGUAAUUAAGUGCUUGACAAAAUACCCUGUAUAUAGGCAUCUUUGUAUAUGUGUACUUCUAUUAUUCUACUUUUAUGUUUCCUUAAACUCUUUUUGACGGUUAUGGCAGCUACCUACAAUAAUUACAUGCACACUUAUAUGUACAUAAAUAUAUUUCAAAUAUUUGCACACACAUGCACCUAUUCUUCUAAACACACACACACAGCUUAGUAGCAUUGUUGGUGUGCGUGUUCAAAAGUUUAAUCAAAAUUUUAGCAUAAUUAUCAAAUAUAUACUUAUUACAAAUUAUAUAAAUAGCCACCAAACCUAAGUGUAAAAUUAGACACUAAGCUCUAGUUGUAAAAAUAUUGUAUUAAUAUCAGAAAAAAAAAGUAAUAAUAAUAAUAAUAAACCAAUCUAUUGAAAGUUGUUGAGCAGCU